UCGUUGGCUCGCUCGCUCAGUGCGGCCGUGGCGUCGCAACUCGCAAAACCUCACUUCCUCCUUCUCCGCAGCGCACUUUUCCUCAACAAAAGGGCCUUUUGCGCCCCCGACAUGCUGCGCCCCCUCGCCCUUUUCGGCCUCGUCGCCGCCGCCGCAGCGGCGGUGUCGUGUCCCGAGGGCAGCAGCUGCGCCCUGGCCAAGGAGUGUCGGCGCCGCCUGAACGACGGCGGCGCCACCAACGUCGCCGCGCUGCCCCGCUGCGGCUUCGACGGCAGCUUUCCCCAGUUCUGCUGCCCCUUGACCUCGACCCAGCAGCGACCCACCCUGGCCACCGCCAGGCCCAGCACCCCCGGCACCACCCCAAGAACGACGGCCGCCCCCGCAACCACUGCAACCACCAAAAGACCUGCCCCACCGUCGUCGGCGAGUUCGGCGCUGUUGGGCGCGAAACCAGCGGCGCCGGUGGUGUUCCUGCGCGAGAACGCGACGGACGUGCGCUUCGGCCCUGCCACCCCUCCGCCCACUCCAGCCCCUCCGUCGCCGCCUCUGCUCGCCGGAAAUAAUUACUCUUCGAUUUCCUACCCCGGCGCCAACCAGGUCAACUCGGGUCACGGCGGCCCCGUGACCUUCGAGCAGGCGGAGGUGGUGCGGCCGGGGUCGGCGCGGCCCCCGCCCCGCGACCUGCUGCGCCACCCCAACGUGAAGCUGCUGCCGGUGGAGCGGUGCGGCCGCAACGCUGACGAGAGCACCGAACGCAUCCACGCAGGCGCACAACAGGCCUCCCUCGGCGAGUACCCCUGGGUCGCGCAGCUCGGCGAGCUCAGAGGGAACAACUUCAGGGUCAUGUGCGGCGGGUCGGUCAUCAGCAGAAGGUACAUCCUGACCGCCGGGCAGUGCAUCAGACCGGAGCUGACGCACGUGAGGCUGGGCGAGUACAACACGAACACAGACCCGGACUGUUUCGGGCUGGACGAGUGCGCCGACCUCGUGUCCGUGAUCCAGGUGGAGGAGAAAAUCAGGCACGAGCGCUACGACAAGCCCUAUUCUCAAAACGACGUUGGCCUCAUCCGCCUCAAACGUCCCCUCUCGGCCCACUUUUCCUCGUACAUCAAGCCGGUGUGCAUCCCCCUUAAGCCCGAGGUGGACGUCGUCAACGACGUCCACAGGACCAAGCUCAUCACCGUCGGCUGGGGUCUCAGCCACUCCGUGAGCAAACCGAUCCACCAAAUCCUGAAAGAGGCGCAGUUGCCGCUGGUAAAAAACAAGGACUGCGGAAAUAUGCAGGUGCUGGCGCUGCACAAGAACAUCGCGGACACGCAGCUGUGCGCGGGUUCGUCCGAGGACAGUUCGACGGCGUGCCAGGGCGACACCGGCGGGCCGUUGAUGUUGUUGACGCACGGCUACGGCGGCCUCAGCGACACCGCCGUCUACAUGCAGGUCGGCGUCGCCUCGCACGGCCCCGACGAGUGCGGCGUCGCCGCGGCGCCGCCCGCCAUCUUCACCAGGGUCUCCUCGUACGCCGAGUGGAUCCUCGACCACAUCCGCCAGUGACACAAUCAAAACUUUAAUUUAUUCUAAUUCGAAUGUACAAAAACUGUGAAAAAGUCACUCUCGUAUCUCAAUCUUUUCACAGCAGCUAUAACUUUUUUUCUUUAACAUGUAAAACACGAAGCACAAUAUUAAAUGUAUACAAAUUGUUAAUAUAGUUGAUUAGUUUUCCAAUUCCUCGUCGCAUUCUUCCCUCAAAUCGUCCUUUUCUUCAAAUUCCGGCUCGUCGUCCUUUUUCUCUUCCUCCGGCGAAAAACUCUAAAAUUUUUUGAUUAUCUUCUUGAAAUUUGAUUUUAAAGAAUCUGUUAAUUACAAUGACUCGCUGCUUGCGGAAUUCCUGCUGCUUCAUCCUGCGCCGGCCCUCGUCAGCCUCCAACAUCUUGAACCGCAACCCUUCCUGCAAAAAAUUCUAUUCAAAAUUUGGCAAGUCAAGCAGAUUGCAAUGUUUUAUACAUAUUUUGUUUUUUGUUCAUAUUUUGAUUAUUAUUUUUUUAAUAAAUUCCUUUGAGAAAAUAAUUUGAAAGAUAAAAGUUUCAAACAAAACCGACAUUUUGGUAGCAAAAAUUGUCCGAUUUUUAUCAAAUUUAGAGUUAUUUAGAAAGCUAAUUAAAUUUCCUGUCAAUUGGUGAUGAUCUCAUUUCAGUCCCAGUGAUAGAAAAAUUAAAACAUAAAUAUUACAAUCAAGGCCAGUUUUAAACAAGUGUGACGAAUUUCGACUUUCGCGGGAAAAUUAGCAAUUGUUUGCAAUUAAUUUUGAAUAAAUUUAAUUUUCAUUACUUGAUGCUGGCGUUCAAAGAGGGUGGGGAUGUGGAGCACCCUGUUCAUCAUGGUGCCCAUGUGGCGCGCGUGUUGGUGUUGGCGCGACCUUUCCUCCUCCCUCCUGGCCUCGGCCCUCAGCGCCAGCUCCCUCCUGGCGCUGACGCUGGCCAUGCGGCGCCACGCGGGUCGGCGCCGCACCACCUUGGCCCGCGACCUCACCUCCUCCAGCUGCCGCGCCUCCUCCAGCCGCAGGGCCGCCUCCCUCUCCGCCCGCCGCCUGCUGCACCAACCCUCAAUUAUAACCCUUU